AUGCAAAUUUAUACAGUUUCUCGAGCAAGAGAUUUUUCAAAAGACUUUUACUCAGAAAAUAAUCUUCUUAUGUGUCGCUUUUGCAACUAUAGUGUUAAUUUUAUUAAUAUUACCUUUAUUAAAUCUCAUCGUGAUAGUGAAGUUCAUCAAAGAGCAAAAAGAACAUAUCAAAAUUUACAACGUACUGAUAGACAACAAACUUUAGAAA